AAAAAUUCUGUGGUAGCGUGAGUGACCCAUUAAGGAACUAUGUUGGAUCCUGUUUAUGUCAUGUAAUUCUUGGAUAGAUCCUAAAGUGUUGCCCCUGUUGGGAAUAUUUUGCCAACCCAUGAGGAGAUACUGGCGUGUGGGUGCCAGCUCUGGGCUAUCUCUUGCAUGGACUGCCUUGUCUUACAGAAGAGACUCCUAAUGUCACCUGCACACUUCUUUGGGACAAUGACAGUAUGGAUUCUAGUAUGAUAUAUGGGAUCCUGAGCUACUGCCUGAUUAUACUUGUAACUCCUGUUGUCUUACAGGGAGCAGUAAACUGGCCCUCUUCUUGUAUUGAGAUAUCCAAAGGCUUGUGAUGGGGCCUGAAUGGUAAACAUGCCUGCCGUAGUUUGUGUAGGUUCUUUCUCUGGGAUCCGAGCUCUAUGGGAGGGCCGCAUCCAAAAGCACCAGGAGGAGCUGAAAUCGGAGAAUGACCGCAGAACAAGGGCAUCUGUGGGACAAAUAUCUAAUGUAUGGGAGAGUCGCAUCCAACUGUCCAGACUGAAGGAAAAGGUUUCUAAUGAAGAUGGAAGAUUGAUCCUACGAAUUGAAAAGGAAGAGUGGAAGACACUGCCACCAUGUUUGGUGAAGAUUCCUCAGCUCCAGGAAUGGCAGAUACAUCGCACAGGUCUAACCGCAAUCCCCACAUGCAUUGUGUAUUUUACUAACCUACUGGUCCUGGAUUUGUCCCGGAAUUCCAUAACUAAAAUCCCACGAGAGAUUGGAACACUCACUAACUUGCGCGAGCUCUUGCUUAGCUAUAACCGGAUCUCAGAGGUUCCCGCAGAACUCAGCACCUGUGAGAGUCUGGAAAAGCUGGAUCUUUCUGUAAAUCGAGAUAUUUCAGAUCUUCCUUCCCAACUCAUCUCUCUGGCACGACUUGUACACCUGGACCUGAGCAUGAACCAGUUUGCCAGCAUCCCCAGGACAGUAGUUGAGCUGCCAGCUCUAGAGUGGUUGGAUAUGGGGAGUAACAGGCUGAAGGAACUUCCCCAGGACAUAGACAGGAUGCAGCAUUUACACACCUUGUGGCUACAGCGUAAUGAAAUUUCUCAUCUGCCAGACUCCAUAGGUUCCAUGAGGAAUCUCAGCACCCUGGUUCUCUGCAACAAUCAGCUGAGGGGAAUCCCUAAAUGUCUGCAGAGCUUGUCCAGCCUCUGGUUUGUUAACUUCAGAGAUAAUCCUCUUGAGCUUCAAGUGACACUGCCUCGGUGUGAGGAUGAGGAGGAAGACAGGGAACUAUUUGGGCUGGAGUUCAUGAAUGCAUAUAUAGAGGAGUCCCUCAGGCUUGGAACAACAGAUUAACCCAAGACUGCAAAUGGAGUUUGAAUAAACAGUCAAUAAAAGAAGAUAUGUGCCAUUGUGGAAGCAUGGGGCAACUUCGACAAGACAGACAGGCCUUACAUUACAGUCAUGGUGCAAUAUGGCGUUUAAGGAUUAAUGAGAUGAAGCACAGUCACCUGACAAACCCAAGAUUCUGUAUAGCUGCCUGUGAUUGUUUUCUUUCCGUGUAUACAGAAUAUUUGACAUCAGUACAGUUCCUGUUUACAGCUCACUCCUCAUGAGGUGAGCUUUGGGAUAGGUUACCGUGGUAUUGCUGUGAGCAAAACAUUUUCUAGAGACACUUCAGGCUCUGUGUAAUACUGCAAUGCUGCAAUGUAUCCCAUACGCUGUAGGAAAUCUACACGGCCAUAGUCUAUGAGUAGCUUGCACAGUCUUCCCAAGCUCUCCCUCUCCUUCACUGUCAGAAACCUGGAAAAUAAAGGGAAUAUUUGAGCCAUGCAGAAAAUAAAGCAUAGUUAUACUAUCCUAUGAUGGGCCAGAACAUACCACGAGGAGCCAUUUUUUGCUCAAGGCUGCUACAAUACCAUGUAUUUGCUCAUUUUUUCCAAAAUCCUGAAAUAUGUGACGUUAACCCAAGGUGCUCAUUAACUGGCUAUAGAAUUCUCUUUGUAAUGUAUUAUUACUUUUGUCAUCUUGGGUUCUUAAAUAUUAUGACAGCCCUUUGUUAAUAGUGACCAUCAACAACAAAAGAAUAGUACACAAAUAAACUGAUGCCUCUUACCUUUCAACUGUCUCUGAAUGACAGUUCUGUUGCUCUGCAUCAUGCUCCUCUGACUCCAUCUGUUCAUCAGACUGAAUAGCCUUGGCCGGCAGUCUCAUGCCACAGGUAGCCCAACUGGACAUGCGUUGAAAAAGGCUGAAUUCCCUCUGAUCCAAUCCCAGACUUUGGAAGAACUCUCUGCCUACAUAGUGAUGCCAGUCACAGCGAUGAUGGCAGCAAAGAGCAAUGGCAAUACCUCCCACACAGGUGGAAUAAGCUGGAUUUGCUUUGUCGCAUUCAUUUUUCACUGUUCCCUGCUCAAAGGUGUCUGUCCUGGGUUUUUUUGGAAAAGGUUCUCCAUUGGCAAGAGAGUUACUCUGCAUAAGACAGCGCAGUGCCAGGUCUGCAACACAGUACACACUUCAGCUACUAAGGAAAUCAGAAAUACUAUGGCUACAGUUACAAGUGACUCCUGCAAUGUACACAAUUACUAUCAAGAUAAAAGAUAGUCUUUACUCGGGUCAAAUGCAUUACUUCACUGAAAAGUAUAUAAUAGACAUUUAUUUAAUCUGAACUACCAUUAACUGUAUCAACAGGAUUUACAAUUCCUUUAAUGUUUCAGACAUGUGCUGCUUUUGGUCAAUUUUUUUCUGUAAAAAUAAACACUUUUAAAAUUA